UUACAAGAUAAACUAGCUCGCUUCAACCUAACCUGACAUAACAAGCCAUCGGAGAAAAAGUAUGCGGAAGCCUAGUUCCCAGACUGCCUAUCUCGCCUAUUUAUCUGCGCGAAGUCGGUUUCGGUUUCGCAACGUGGUCUGAACCUAUGCGUAGCAAAAUAGAUAUUAUAUCAUACGGUUCUGUUCAUCAAGCGGAUCAGCGACUCAGUAUAUCAGCUGAGAAGAGGGCAUUGCGUUUUAUUACGCGCAUUUCGAGGACGUUUCGCCAUUUUUGGCUUACCUGACCACGGAAGCUUUUGAAGAAAGGUAAAUAAGAUUAUUAUAAGAAGUAAAUUGAAUUUCCUCUCGAUGGUAUGGGAAAAGAAUUGGGACUGAGAACUUGCCAGCUGCUUUCGAACGAUAUCGGCAAGAUCGCUUUGACUUAAAUAACUAUUUCAAUCCCCAACGAACCGCAUUACCGUAAUGUUUAUGUAUUCUUACCGUGACUUAAGAUCUAAUUUUUAUAGGAGGAUGCUGGAGUUUACUUAUUGCUUGAAGGUAGGGUUUAAAAGUACUGAAACCGUGGCAAACUGUGACGAAACGUCUGGUUCAGCAGAUGGCUUUAAAAGUGUCUGAACUGAUCAAUUAUUCGCAAAGGACCUACAUGUCUAUUUGUUCAAAAGAUAUUACGAUCUUCAACUUCAUAGCGUCCUUUAUAUGAGUAGAGAAGUCGCACAUAUCCAUUGAAAAACACUCAACUUUUGUGAGUUUGGAGUCUGUGUUAAAUUUUUGGAAACUGUGGAAAGUAAAAUCACUGGAUUCCACCCGCUCGUUUCGUUUGACGUCAUACUUGAUAUUCCAAUAUGCAAAGCAAUGUAGUAAAGAAAUUAUGAAUCGGUACUUUAGAAGGAAAUUCUCUUUAGCUUUCGCCUCAGUUGUCACGGAGUUUUCAAAUUUUGAAAUACUAAAUUAUAGUAUACUAAAAAAAUAUCUUAUUUCCGUAUGAAGGUAAUUUUAAAGUGCUUGUGGCCACGACGAUGCCUGAGGAGGAUACCCAGCCACUGUUGAAAGUGUGCACAUAUCCCGAACCGAGGUCUGGAGAGGCGAAGAUUAAGAUAAGGCUGCCUUGGGACAAAAUCCUGUCAGUAUGCUACAGUCUGUUGCUAUGUUGGCAAGUGAUCGGGAUUUGUUUAUACUUUAUUCGUUGCGUUAAGUGUUUCAGAGACAAGUCCUCAACGUUCCUUUGUGAAAGAAAUGCAGCUUUCCUGUAUUCAGAAGAACUUGAAGUCUUUUGGCUCGCUACUCAAACCAUUCUUAUCGUCGUUGUCAUCGUCUUAUUACCACGAAUACCAGGAUUCCUCGGCGUCAAGGCAAUCUUCAAUCGGUUGAUAUGUGUUCCCUCAUUUAUUACAUUAGUUCUUCUUCUCGUGAUUGCGCUGUGCAGAUAUGCUAUGUUAUUAGUAACAUCUCCCAAAACUUUCCUUACCAUGUCGAUUCUAAUCGGGUUUGCUCUAAAAUAUGCGCUGACAGUUUUAGCUGCAGCUAUGCUUAAUUAUACACAGCUAAGUACUUUAAAGCACCGAUAUCCCCCCUACGUGUUCUUAUUAUCGAAAUUGACGGUCUUUGUGAUUUCCCUCGUAAAUUUCAUCCAUUUCGCCACCUCGCUCAUUGCAAUAACUUUCAACGUUCAAAUUUUUCCUGCAGCGAUGAGUUCAGCAAACUCGUCGGAUUUUCAUGUGGUGAAUGAUUUGUUAGGAUACUUUGGCGUUACCAUUUUUCGGUUCAAAUUAAUGAGUUUCUUUUGGAAGAAGCUAUUCAUCGAUGACAAGGGUAUUUUUGAACAGCGUUAAAAUAAAUAAUUUGAAUAAAGUCGAU